AUGGCCACCGAAACCCCCAACCUCCGCAUCGCCAUCAUCGGCUCCGGCCUCGCCGGGCUCGCCGCCGCACGCGUCCUCCGCUCGCACCACACGGUGACGGUCUACGAGCGCGGCACGGCGUCGACGGCGACGGGCGGGCAGGGCACGAUCGCGACGCCCAACGCCGUCAAGAUCCUCGAGCCGCUCGGCUUCGACCGCGCGCGCGUGCGCUCGGUGCGCUGCAGCGGCUACCGCACCUUCGACAAGGCCGGCAACGUCAUCGGCGACCGCCCGCUCGACCUCAAGCAGCGUUACGGCGCGGAUUGGUACAUGCAUCUGCGCGCUGACUACCGCGAUGAGUUGUUGCGUCUGGCUACGGCACCGAAGGAGGUGGUGGGUAAGGAGGAUGCGGGCGAGCCGGCGAGGGUGGUUUUUGAGACGGCUGUGAUGGAUAUUGAUCCCGAUGCUGGCACGUUCGAGCUGAGUGAUGGGUCGAGGGGCGAGGCUGAUGUUAUUAUCGUCGCCGACGGCAUCCACAGCCAUCUUCGUCACCGCAUCGUCGGCGACCGCUCGCACCGCGCGCAGCUGACCGGCAUGUCUGUCUUCCGCUUCGCCAUGUCGCGUUCCGAGGCAGCGCAAGCUCUUGGCAAAGACGAACAGCUACCCGAAUACUUCGACCCAGCGCGCGGCGAGGGCCGCUUCGGCCUGAUCGACGCGUGCGACGGCAGCGGGCGCGUCGUCGCCGUCUACCCGUGCCGCGACUACGAAUACAUCAACGUCACCUGCGCCUUCCGCACGCGCCAUUCAAAGGACGAUACAGUAGCGUCGUGGUGGGCCGAGGGCGACCGCGACGAGAUGGUUGACAUCUUCCACGACUUUCCUGAGCACGUUGUGAAGCUUCUGCGCGCCGCCCCCUCCGUCAACCUCUGGGAACUGCAAGACCUCGAGCCACUCCCGACGUGGACGCGCGGCCGCGCGUGCCUGAUGGGCGACGCGGCGCACGCCAUGACGCCGCUGCAGGGCCAGGGCGCCAACAUGGCCGUCGAGGACGCCGACGCCCUGCAGCUGCUGAACCACGUCUCGUCAGCGGCCGACGUGCCCGCCGUGCUGCGCCGUUGGCAGGCUGUGCGCAAGCCACGCUGCACCCGCGUACUGGAGGGUACAAGGCAGGUUGGCAGGGCGCAGACGCCGGAGGAGCGGUGGGAGAAUAUGGAUUUUAAUUAUGGGUAUGGGGGCGUGUGGGAGGCGGUUAGGGGUUUGGGGGCGGAGGAGUGA